CGGAGUUGCCCUCGCCGCCCAGCCAUGGUCAACCCCACCGUGUUCUUCGACAUCACCGUGGACAGUGAGCCCUUGGGCCACAUCGCCUUCGAGCUGUUUGCAGACAAAGUUCCAAAGACAGCAGAGAGCUUCCAUGCCCUGAGCACUGGGGAGAAAGGAUUUGGUUAUAAAGGUUCCUGCUUUCACAGGAUUAUUCCGGGAUUUAUGUGCCGGGGCGGGGGGUGGGGGGGGGACUUCACACGCCAUAACGGCACUGGAGGCAAGUCCAUCUAUGGGGAGAAGUUUGAUGAUGAGAAUUUCAUCCUGAAGCACACGGGUCCUGGCAUCCUGUCCAUGGCCAACGCUGGACCCAACACGAACGGUUCCCAGUUCUUCAUCUGCACUGCCAAGACCGAGUGGUUGGAUGGCAAGCAUGUGGUCUUCCGCAAGGUCAAAGAAGGCAUGAACAUCAUGGAGGCCAUGGAGCGCUUUGGGUCCAGGAACGGCAAGACCAGCAAGAAGAUCACCAUUGCUGACUGUGGACAGAUCUAAUAAAUCUGACUUGUGUUUUA